AUGGCGACGCAUUACGGGCGGCACCUGGAGCGCCUGCAGCGGGGCGAGCACCUGGAAGUUAACGCCGUAUUAUCACUGUGUGAACGAGUAAAGGACCUCCUCGUAGAGGAUGAUAAUGUGGUGCACGUCUCAUCCCCCGUGGCGGUGUGUGGCGACAUCCACGGACAAUUCCACGAUCUGCUGGAACUCUUCAAGCUAGCGGGCCAGGCUCCCGACACGAGCUACAUCUUCCUGGGCGACUUUGUCGACCGCGGCGCAAUGAGUGUAGAAACUAUCUCGAUGCUGUGUGUACUUAAGGCCAGCUACCCGGACCGUGUGACGCUGCUACGUGGCAAUCACGAGUCUCGCCAGACGACGCAGGUCUAUGGUUUCCAGAUCGAGUGCAUGAAGAAAUACGACGGCGACGCGCGAAUCUACAAGGCCUUUAUGGAGCUCUUUGACUUUUUACCGUUGGGGGCACUCAUCGAUAAUAGCUUGCUCUGUCUGCACGGUGGCCUUAGCCCGGCACUUCACCAUCUCGACCAGCUACGAAUGCUCGAUCGCUUCCAGGAGAUCCCUCCGGACGGGAUCUUUGCAGAUAUUGUGUGGUCCGACCCGGACUCCAAGACUCUUGGCUUUCACAUGUCGCCGAGAGGAGCGGGGUACAUCUUUGGGGAAGAUGUGGUGGAGAAGUUUCUGCACAUGAACAAACUGGCGCACAUGGCAAGAGCGCAUCAGUUAUGUAUGGAGGGAUAUCAAGUACUAUUCAGAGACACCUUCUCCACGGUCUGGAGCGCUCCAAACUAUUGUCAUCGCUUUGGAAACCUUGCUGCUGUCAUGGCAGUGGAUGACCAUCUUGAUCGUACUUACAAAACCUUCAAGGAAGCGGCGUCUUCUAGGAAUAUUGGUGUGCUAGACAGCAAGGGCACGAGUUCGGACGCCAUCGACGCCGGCUACUUUACCUAGGCCGAGAGGAACUAUUCAAAGCAUAGCGAGAGACACAUAAGUCGAUAGAUUUUGUACGGUAAGCUUGAAGUAAUGCAGUUGACGUGGACAUCUUGACUUAGUGGUGACGCCUCUUCUUGUCUUUGCGGUUCUUGGAGCGACGCUUAUGGUCUUUCUUGGCCUUCUCGUAAGCUGCUGCGAUCUGCUCCAUUGUCUUAAGGUGUAGAGGUUUCAUCUUGGUCUUGACGCACUUGUCGAUCUCGAGUGCAUCAAACACUACCAGCGACUCUGGAUGGUUGUACAACUGCGCGUUACCCACCAUGAGAUUAAAAUCCCGCUCAAACUGGUCGUGGGACGCG